UUCCUCAAGGAUUCAAUCAUCGCCCUCAGAGACACUGACACAGAGCGUGGGAGAAAAAUGGAGGCCGGAGCAUUUUGCAGCAGCGCAGGAAGCGUGCCUUUCACUUUCAGAGCAGCAGCGGCGGCAAAAGGGGGCAACUUUGCUUCUUCCCCUCCCCUCCUCAUCCAAUCCAUGGCUGCCCAGAAACCCAUGCCUUCAGCUACCAAAACACUUAGCUCCAAGAAGAAUUCAUCUGUGAAGCUACUAACAAGGGUGGAGCAACUGAAGCUACUGACCAAAGCGGAGAAAGCCGGCCUGCUAUCCACGGCAGAGAAGUCCGGGCUCUCAUUGUCGACGAUAGAGAAGCUAGGGUUGCUCUCCAAAGCGGAGGAAUUCGGAAUCCUGUCAGCGGCCACCGACCCGGGAACUCCCGGUGCGUUGUUGAGUUUAAGCUUAGGACUGCUGGUUUUGGGUCCAUUUGUUGUUUUUCUUGUGCCGGAGGAUUCUCCUUUGGAGAUAGGGUUACAAGCUGUUGUUGCUUUGGCUGCAGUAGCUGGUGGUUCAGCUGCUUUUGCUGCAUCAAAUCUUGUAUCCAGCUUGCAGAAAUCAAAUUGAAAUUUGAUGAGCUAGGUCUAUCUCGGGAGAGAGAAAACUUGCUUGCACCGAGAUGCCACAGUGACGAUGUCCUAAGCCAGUCAUGCACUAUCGUGCGUUUUAGCUUGGCACUUAUUAUUUUGGCCCUUUUGUGUAAGUGUAACUGUGAAUGCUUUAGAUACAUCUAUGACAAAAAUGGAGAUGGAGAAAUUUCAUGACCAAAA